AGAACUUUUAUUUUAUUAUUCAUAAAUGCAUUUUUUAAGAUUCUUACGAAUAUUAAAUUUUAAUUAUAAUGAAAUAUAAUCUAAAUAUUGAUGGUUUGAAAAAUAAUUUUUCAAUUUUUACUCGACUCCUAGAGGAUAGUCUUGACUGCAAUAUUGAUCUAUCAAUCACUUUUCAUGAUUCAAAUGAUAUGACAAGAGGAUUGAUACAAGAAUUGAUGAAUUAGAGGUUUCUGUAAGUUGACAAGAUGGUAAAAAUAAAUUUGAAUGAAUAUUCUCAAAUUGUAUAGGAAGACAAGGAACUUGAGAAAUCAUUAAAAGAUCAUGUAAGGUAAAAGUUAAGCUUGAAUAAUGAUAUUGAAUGGAUUAUAGAUAAUAAUCAAAUAAUUACAGAAUUAAAUUGUAGUUAAAUAGUAGAAGAAUAUCUUAACAAAUUAUUUAUACUUUAGACAUAAUACAAAGAAUAUGUGGAUUUUCUUUAGACUUAAAGAAAUGUAAAAACAAUACGCUUAAAUUAAGAAAGACCAUUAAGAGGGUAUAAAGAGAAUUUCUAAUCAGACAUGUACGACACUUAUGUAAUUUAUGGAUAUAAGCAUUUUGAUAUUUCAGAAAUAUUUAAAAAGCAAAUUUUUAGAAUAGAAUUAAAUGUAAAAAUGUUUCAUAUAUUUACAACAUAUUAUGUUCCAAAAAUAAAGCUUUGGAUUGAAAAAUACUAUUAUGUCUAUGUCGAAGUAGAUGAAGAUGAAGAAUAUGUAACUUUGAUAACUAAUACACAUAGAUUAUUCUUUAUGGCCCAAUUAAUUUAGCUAAGGAAGCCUAAGAAAUAAUUAUGAAAGAAUUUAAACAACUUUAACUCUACCAUGGAAUCAUUAAAUCUGAGGGUUUGACUGAGGAAUAAUUUCAAUUUUUGGAAGUUCAUGAAUUUUUAAAAGAAUCUUUUUUUUAAAAUUAUUAGGUUUCUAAACAAUCAUCAGCAAUCUUAGAUUAAUUGGAGGAAAGUUUGAAAGAUAUUAAAAGUAUGGCAUUUUAGGCAGCGAUUUUUGCUGGUAAAUAAUUUAAUUCAAAAACUUAUAGAGUUUAAAGAUGGAGGUUUAGAUGGAAGUUGUGUUUUAUGUUCGAAUUUUUAGAUUGAUAAAAUGAGAGUUGAAGAAAUAUUAGAAUCAGAAGUUCAAAAGCUAGCGUCGAUUAAUAAGAAUGGAAAUUGUGUAGGUUAUUUUUAGAUUGUGUAUGGGAUGAUGUUAAGUGCCAAUUUAAAAUAAAAGUUAAAUGAUCAUUUAAAAGUUAUCAAAGAAGAAAUUCAUAAUUAAAACUAUAUUAACUAUUUGUUAAUGUAAGAUUUUUCAGAUUUGCAGAAUUAUGAAAUGCAAUUCAAAGUUAAAUUGGAUUCAAAUAAUGAAAAGUUCUUUGUAACAGGAAAAUAAGAUCAAAUAAAGAAAUUUAUUGAAAAUUUGCAAAAUAUUAUUACAUCAAAGAUUGACAUAAUUGAUUACUAUUAAUAUAAGAAUAAUUUCAAUAUUAGGGCAGCUAUGAUUGACUAUAAAGAAAGGUAUGAUUAAAUCAUAGCCUAAAAUGAUUGUGUAGGUAUUUUAUUAUCUUCUAUGUGUAGUUGAGGCAAAUUUAUUAAAUACAAGAAUAAAAUUAUCUGGCAAGCAAAUGUAUGUUGCCUAGCUAAAACAAUAAUUAUAAUAAUUAGAAUAAGAUAUCUAAUCUAAUAAGAUUUAAAAAUAAAUUUCAAUAGAUAUCCCAAAAGGAAUCAAUUUUUCGUAUCAAUUUUCAAAUUUAUUAGAUUAUUACUCAAAAAUAUUCAGCAAAAAUAUCCAUCAAUAGAUUUAGUCGCUGGAGCAUGUGAUGAAGUUAAUAUUGCCUAAAUUUAUUCUUUUCGCAGAAAAUAAACCAGAAUAAAAAUUUGCAAUGGAUCACCAAAAGGUUUAUUUGAGAUACAGGCUGAAUUAUUGAAAUUAGAUAAAGCAUUAUUCAUUAUCCCAAUAGAAAAAGUCCAUUUGGAACUCCAGAAACCCUCAUUGUUAUGGGAACAUGAGUUAAUUCAACAAAGAUAAAUUGAUACCAAAUAGAUAAAAGAAACUAAAUACUAUAAAUUGAAUACAUACUCUACCGAAAUCACUUAAACUAACGUGAAUGUUAAUUCGAAAGACAAAAAAAAGAAACCGAAAACAGAAACUAUAGAGUAUUUUAUUUGUUAAGUUUAUUACAAAAACUAUGCAAAACCAGAAAACUUUAUACAUUAUUUUGAUAAGGAAUCAUUAAACAAUUCGCUUGAUAAGUUAGUUAAUCAAUUUUAAGUGAUUAAACCUAAUUAAAUUUAUAUUUCUUGUUAAAAUGACAAAGGCUAAAAUUAUCAAUAGAUAAUCGAUUAUGUUAUCAAAGAAUCAUAGUAUAUCUAAAUUAUUAUAAUUAAGCCCAAAAGUCACAAUCUUUUUUUUAAUGUCAUAAGCAGAAAAUAUGGAAAGCCUCAAAUAGGAUCUUCUGAAGGACUUUGACGAAGAAGAGAACUAAAGAUUAAAAAUAACACAGCAUUUUACUAUUUUUGGAAGUAUAUAAGAUAAGAUUUAAUCAAUAAUUGAAGAUUUAAAUAAUAUUUAAUGA